UAGACCAAGGAACGAGAUGAUCAAAGAUAACAGGGCAGAAGAUUGAUCGCUAAUAUGAAACAAGCAGAGCCAAGGAAGGAGAUAUUGGUGGAAAAGAGAAAGCGAGCGAGUUGGGGAAGACCGAGAUCUCGACAACUAAGCCACAUCAUCCAUUCGGUGGCGGUGGUGACCCUGACAAACAUGACAACUCCAAUUCCCAGCGUGGCUAUGAGAGGGAUUCAUAGCCAAUUUCCACUCUUUCCCCCCCGCCGCCGGAAUGGGACAUAAUUAAAAUCCUUCUCCGAGAAGGAUUCCACAAACCCCAAGUCCGAAGAACUCAUCAUACGUUAUAAAUAGAUGAUCCGCUGCGACCACCACCAAUAUCAUAUUUCAUUAUUCGUUCCGCCUUGUUUCAAUUUCCAGACCGCCAAUUCCCUCGUAUCACUAUGGCCAUCGAGAGGAAAAGGAAGCUGGACGUCUCGUCCACUGUCCCCGCCGGCAAGCUCGCCAAGGUAGCGCCGACGCCAAACGUCGGAGCAGCUUCUCCCAUGUUCGCCGACCAAGCCAGCGGGUCCAUCUUCAAUCCGUGGAAUGGGAAGCCCUAUUCCCAAAAGUUCCACCGCAUACUCGACCAGAGGAAGACCCUCCCGGUUUGGCAACACAAGGAGGAGAUUUUGGACGCCCUGAGGAAAAAUCAAGUCCUCGUCCUCGUCGGCGAGACCGGAAGCGGCAAAACAACACAGAUCCCUCAAUUCGUCUUGGAGAUGAUGACGAUGACGGUGGCGGAAACGACCCCAGGCGACGACAAGAGAAGAAAAAAGAUGAUGGUCGGAUGCACUCAGCCUCGCCGAGUGGCGGCAAUGUCGGUAUCCCAACGAGUGGCCGAGGAGAUGGAUGUCACGCUGGGCGAAGAAGUCGGCUACACGAUCCGUUUCGAGGACAAGAGCGGCCCUAAAACAGUGCUGAACUACUUGACCGACGGCAUGCUCCUGAGGGAAGCCACGGCCGAUCCGCUGCUGAGAAGCUACAGCGCGAUCAUUCUCGACGAGGCCCACGAGAGGACCGUGGCGACCGACAUCUUGUUCGGGCUCCUCAAACGAGUGCUGAGGAGCCGACCGGAUCUGAAAUUGGUGGUGAUGAGUGCGACAUUGGAGGCCGAGAAAUUUCAGGGCUAUUUCGGCGGGGAGGCGCCUCUCAUCAAAAUCCCCGGCAGGCUCCACGACGUGGAGGUCCUCUACACCGCGGAGAGCCAGAGAGACUACGUCGAAUCGGCAAUUCGGACAGUUGUUCAGGUACAUAUGUGUGAAGGACCUGGAGAUGUUCUAUUGUUCCUGACGGGCGAGGAAGAGAUUGAGGAUGCCUGCAGAAACAUUGCCAAGGAGAUUGGGAACUUGGUGGGAGGAGGCCAGGUAGUUGGUCCCGCCACAAUCAUUCCUCUGUACUCGACUCUGCCUCCAGCCCUGCAGCAGAAGGUAUUUGAACCUGCUCCCGGGACCAGGAAAAUCGUGGUAUCGACCAACAUUGCUGAGACUUCACUCACAAUCGACGGCAUUGUCUACGUGGUCGAUCCAGGUUUCGUUAAGAGGAAAGUCUACGAUCCCCGCGUUGGAGCGGAGUCACUUCAGGUGACGCCUAUCUCCAAGGCUAGUGCCGAGCAGAGGAAGGGUCGAGCAGGCAGGACGGCCCCGGGGAAGUGCUACAGGUUGUACACCGAGAAGAGUUUUGACGAGGACCUGCAGUCGCAGACCGAUCCGGAGAUGGUCAGAUCGAAUCUAGGGACGACUUUCCUGACGAUGAAGAAGCUGGGGAUUGAUGACCUGGUGCACUUUGAUUACAUGGACCCACCUGCCCCCAAGACGCUGGAGCGAGCUCUGGAGAUGCUGUACUACUUGGGAGCCAUGGAUGAUGAGGGCAACCUGACGAAGCUGGGGCGGAUCAUGAGCGAGUUUCCGUUGGAUCCUCAGACGGCAAAGGCGCUGAUUGUUAGUCCACAGUUCAAUUGCUCCAACGAGAUCCUCUCUAUUUGUGCCAUGCUAUCAGUUCCCAAUUGCUUUGUCCGCCCUCCCAAGGGGGUGGCUCGAAGGAAGGCUGCCGCCGAUGAAGCCAAAGCUCGGUUCGCACACAUCGAAGGAGAUCACCUCACUUUGCUCAACAUCUACCACGCGUUCAAGCUGAACAACGAGGAUCCUUCGUGGUGCUACGAGAACUUCAUCAACUACAAGGCCAUGAAGUCUGCCGACAACGUUAGGCAGCAGCUCGCGCGGAUCAUGUCGAGGUAUAACCUCAGGAUGUGCAGCACCGAAUUCGGCAGCAGAGAUUACUACGUCAACAUAAGGAAGGCGAUACUGGCGGGAUGUUUCAUGCAAGUGGCUCAUCUGGAGCGAAGCACUGGACGCUACCGGACGGUCAGAGACAACCAAGCCGUGCACUUACAUCCGUCGACGUGCCUGGAUCACAACCCUCAGUGGGUGGUCUACAAUGAAUGUGUUGUGACUAGCAGGAGUUUCAUCCGGACGACGACGGACAUUCGCGGCGAGUGGCUUCUAGACAUUGCUCCUCACUUUUACGAGAUGGAGAACUUACCCGAGUGUGAAGCCAAGCGGGUUCUGAAGACGUUGUACAAGAACAGGAGAUGAGAUGUUGCCCACCACAUCCAGUCUCCCACGAUUUAAAGUAUAAUUUAUCUGCAUAAUUGUAAUUUCAGUUACAUCAAAUAGUAGCUCUGUAUUAACAUUGAAGGCGCAUGAAGCUGAUAAAUGUAAUUGCUAGGCUUUGAUUGAUAAGGUUGGUCAUAGCGAGCCAUCAUAUCAUUUUGUAAGCAUGAGAUCUUGAAGAUGCAGUCAGUACAUGAAAGAUUUUUCUAAUUGGCGAUCAGUCGGCAUAAAUGAAAUCAGUUCCUGGACCUAGGACUUAAACAGUUAGGCUAGAGCACUGACCUACUUCCGAGAACAACAUUUGAGUGACGUACUUCUUCGCCAAUGGCGGCAGUGACCUAAUUAAUCAGAAGACCAAAAUUAUGAACUACUCUAUACUAACAUUCUGGACUUUUCCCGGUCAAUUAAGAGCUCGAGUGUACGUGAUCGGCGAAGGCCACAAGUGGGUAACCUGAGAAUGGCUUCGCAGAUGGAUGGAUUCUCGUAGAGAAUGUCAAGUUUCAUGGCGGGCAAAGCCGCCACCAUGUCCAUGAAGUCCUUCGCAAUAAUUGCUGGAGGUCUUG